AUGAGCGACGCUAAGCCUCCGCAAAAAUCGAUAGCUAAUCUGAGGGCCGACGUCCGGACGCGCGACCUCGGUUCCGCCAGUUAUCCUCGCUGGCCCUCGCAAGGUCAAGUCGAAGCCGGUGCCAGCGGCGAAGACACNAGUCCCCAGCCCUCACAAGUCCCCAGCCCUCACAAGUCCCCAGCCCUCACAAGUCCCCAGCCCUCACAAGUCCCCAGCCCUCACAAGUCCCAGCCCUCACAAGUCCCCAGUCCUCACAAGUCUUCGGACCUUACAAGUCCCCAGUCCUCACAAGUCCCCAGUCCUCACAAGUCCCAGCCCUCACAAGUCCCCAGUCCUCACAAGUCUUCGGACCUCACAAGUCCCCAGUCCUCACAAGUCUUCGGACCUCACAAGUCCCCAGCCCUCACAAGUCCCCAGUCCUCACAAGUCUUCGGACCUUACAAGUCCCCGUCUUUGGUCCUCACAAGUCCCCAGUCCUCACAAGUCCCAGCCCUCAAAAGUCCCCAGUCCUCACAAGUCUCCGGACCUCACAAGUCUUCGGACCUCACAAGUCCCCAGCCCUCACAAGUCCCCAGCCCUCACAAGUCCCAGUCCUCACAAGUCCCCAGUCCUCACAAGUCCCCAGUCCUCACAAGUCCCCAGUCCUCACAAGUCCCCAGCCCUCACAAGUCCCCAGCACUCACAAGUCUUCGGUCCUCACAAGUCCCCAGCCCUCACAAGUCUUCGGCCCUCACAAAUCCCCAGCCCUCACAAGUCCUAGGCCCUCAGACUGUCUCUUAUACACAUCUAGAUGUGUAUAAGAGACAGACUCCAUACUCUUGA